AUGGUAUGGCAAUGUCUGCUGAAGACAUUUGCGACAGCAUCUAUAUCGCAUAGUCAUACAUCGGCUUCUUGCAACACAUUGAGCGCAUUUCUCGAUGCUGCGCGUAUUUCGAAGUUCGAAGGGACAAGGCAACUUGUUUUCUCGUGCGAAACAUGGCUUUCUGUGUUCGAGGCUUUCUUGGUUCGAUUCAAGGACGGAAAGCCCAAACCUAUGAAGCAGCUCCUGGAGUCAUUAGUUGUCCUGCUAGUCAAGAAUGAGCAGGAGUCUGACCGACGAUAUGUUAAGACUAAGGUCAUAGACGCUACAGUUCCUAGCGUUAUCCUUGGCGAGCGCCGUUCUCAACUCAAAGCUUGUCUUGUUACACUCGAGAUUCUAAUACGCAAGAGUGCAAUCUCACCUAUUGAUCUCAUCGUCAUGGUUGAGACCUGGCUUCUAGAAAAUCGCAGCCGAUGGGUUCCUCUUUUUCAAGAGGAUUGUAAAGCGCUAUCGAUAGAUAUAACUCAGUUUUCUGAGAAGGCCUCCAAAGACAUACCAAGUCCUUCCCAACGAAUAGCCACCGAAAUAUUUGUGCUGGCAUUAUUAACACAAGCAAAGAGCUUUGAGCUGGCUGCGGGUCCCGGAGACACACUGACAGCUUUCUUCCAAAGGGUUAAGACAUUGCCCCAGACUCUUCACUCUCGCGAAAAGGUACAAAACUUGUUGUCGAUUUGGGUGGCGCCGGUCAGACACAUUGUGCUACAGAAUAUGAACCUUCUUGAGCCUAUGUCUGCUUAUUUCCUUCAUCCUCUGUUCAGUAUCGACCCCAGUGGUUUCAAUCUCUUCAUAAACCAAUUACCUCUAGAGAUUCUCUUGACUGGUGACAUGCACGAUGCUCCGGUUGACGAACUCACACUUCUGUUUACGUCUUUGCAGAUGGCAAAGAAGAUUGGUCUGGUUCAUGAAGAUCAUUCCUCCCCUAAAGCCAGCAUUACUGGCAAUGGGGAAGAGGAGGCCGGGCUCGUUUUAAAGAGUGAGAUCAUUGGGAAAUUCCUUUUUCACCGGGAUUUUAGUAUCAGAAUUGCAGCUCUUUCGUUACUCAUAACUGCCAAUGCCACGACGAAACCAUUUUCGUCGGGUACUAUGAGAGCAAUUUUGAAGGGUUUGCCCUCUAUGCAUGCGGAAUCGGACGCAUAUUCAAGGGGAGAAAUACUGAGUAUUACACGUAAAUUAAUCCCACGCUUGAAAGGCGGUAUCAUGAGCAGUGAACAGAACUGGACCGAUGUGAGAGCAUCAGUUAACAAGAAACAGCCACCAAAUUAUGCGCGGGACGAUGUAGAAACCCGGCAGUGCUUGAAAGAGUACUUGGACUUUUUGAAAGCUGACCUACAGCCCACAGCGUCCUACCCUCGACAUAUCACAUCUUUAAAGACGUUGAUCCUUCUUUUAGAAUCCGGUCUUGAUACUCGUUUCGAAGGCAGCAUCGUGAGCAAAAAUGAAGGCAACUACACUAAAUGGAGACUCAACGUGGAAAUUUUCGAGCCUACACUUUUAAGGCUGCUUGUUGACCUCUUGCUGGAUCCAUUUGAAGAGGUGCGGGCGAGAUCUCUUACUAUUGUGAAUCUAUUCCCAAGAGAUAUUUUGCUGAGUGGUGGCAUACAAUUGGGAAGCAAUUCCUCAGAAAAGAUCCAACUACUGGGUGCUUUGGCUACAGCAGAGCAAAUGGCAAGUAGAACAAGCAGAGCAGAUUAUGCGGAUACUGUUGCUCGUCUGUAUCACAUCUUUUUCUGCACAGCAGAACAAGAAAGCCCGAAUGCCACACAAUGGUGGGAAACCAAAUCAGGAGUGGUUGAUGCUAUUCUGAAGAGAUUGGAAGAAAAGCUGUCUCUCCCGGGAGCUAGCUUCCAAUAUUCCUUGCGUGAUGCGCCUCUGCAUGGCUAUGUUUCAGCUCUCAGAUACAUUAUAUCAACAGCGGAUUUCCACAGUCUUCUUCUUUAUACAACGCUUGCCAACAACUCGUAUGGCCCGCAAGGGUCUCUAGGGUUGGGAUAUGGCGAUUACGAGAAAAUAGGAACAACGAGCUUUACCCAACUUGCUGAACUCCGUCACCGAGGGGCAUUCUCGACGGUGUCUCAAACAUUUGCUACGUGUUGUUCACGGUGUGGCCUGUCAAAUGACCCAGAUAUUUCAGAGUUGCCCAAUCAAUGGUACCAGGAUGCAAGAAGAAUCAUAUUUGACACGGCCGGAAAACUUACACGUCGAUCAGCUGGCCUUCCUGCUUUGAUCACGGGUAUUGUUUCAUCUCAACCUUCAGGGCCACUAUUCCAAAAGGUCAUGGAUGACUUACAUGAGAUCUCUCAUAUACCAGCAGAACAUGAUAGUAGCAGCCAAGACCUGGAAUUGCCUCAAGUCCAUGCGAUGAAUUGCUUGAAAGACAUUUUCACAAACACCAAACUGGGGCCUUUCACAGAGCCUUUUAUCAUGUCCACAUUGGUUUUGUCAGCUGAGCGGAUUGGGUCACCCAUAUGGGCUCUCCGUAAUUGCGGACUGAUGCUCUUCCGUGCUUUACUGACGCGUAUUUGCCGCACCGGCACGGGCCUGGGAUUUGGUGGCAAGUCCGGAUCGGAGCCUGGCGCCAGAGUCUCCUUUCAGAAAUACCCAGGCUUGGUUCAGUUGCUAUCAAGUCUCCUCUCUGAACAAGUCACGCGGAAUAUCGCCGAACAGGAAGAUCACUCUAUUGUCACAGAACGGGUGUUCCCAGCAUUGGAGCUAAUUGCAGAAAAAGUGCCAAAUGUGUACGAUGUCGACGAUAAGAUGAUUCUCGGACUGGUCCAGACGCAACUUAGUAGCCCGGUCUGGGGCAUCAGAGAGCACGCAGCUCGAGUUUAUGCGUCGAUAAUGAAUCGUUCGGACAUUUUCCAUGAUAUUGGCACACUCCUCGAGGUCGACCGAGAUUCGAAAGCACAGAACUACCUCCACGGCCAAGCGCUUUUAGGUUUUCAAUUGGAUGGCCUCUUGUCGUUUCUAGCUUACAUGAUCACAGAACAUAUCGAUGAGAUAUUAUCCAUUAUGAGCCAAACAUUUACGGUUCUGUUCCAUCGUGCUGAAUCGCCGUUUGUUGCUACUACCAUUGUGGAAAUCUUGACUGAGACAGUUGAGAAGAGUUUCGAGUCAGGUUCAGAAGAAAAAAUGAUUGCUACGCUCAACGAUGUGUUUAAUGCGCAUUCCUUCAAUGGUAUCCUGGACUUCAUCUUCGAGUCAUCUCAUCCAUCAUGGAGAUCGCUGAGCACAACACGUGCAGCAUCCCUUCUUAGAAGAGCGCUGUCGUGGGCAGCAAUUAUGCGAAUGCUCGGGACCGGUGAAUCCAUGGGUUUGGAGCCAUUUAUUCGAAAAGUCUCCGAGUUUGACACGAACGCUGGUGCGUGGUUGCUAGAAAAACUGCACAAUGUGUUCGGUGAGAACCAGGGCUACAUGAAAAUCCUUCUUAAUGUCUACUCGGAAGUCAUAAUAGGGGAUUAUUCCGAGGAAGUCAAGUCAUCCGCGAUUGCUAGUCUGGCAUCGUCUUUGGAAAUACUGCUUGAUUUUCGCUAUGACUACUUCCAGGAGAUAGAUCUUCCAUGGGGGGCAUUAAAUCAGCAAAUCAACCCCUCGACCACUGCACUGAUGUUGAAUCGGUACAGGUCUGACGCUGAAUUACGUCUUCAAGGAUGUCUUCUCGCUGCCAAAGUCCUGUCCAACCAGAGCCAAAACUUAGAGACAGAUGUUGCUAGGUGGACAAUAAAACUCCGAUUUGCAAUGGAAGAGGAAACAGAAUUCACAACUCGAUAUGCUGCUGUCACAUCUCUAAUGGCAUUCGGGCAAGUUUUGCGUCCCACGGGGAAGCCCCCUGUCACAGAAAAAGUCUUCCUGGAACUAUACUUGAUCUUGUAUGAUAUGCUUAACGACGACGACGAGGAAUUGAGGGACCUUGCCGCCUUGACAGCGUCGUGGGUGCUCUCAUACUCAUCCGUUACGUCAUCCAAGGCUGUCACUCUGUCUCCUUUAAACGCAAGUGGUCUUCUUUCUAAGUUCAUUGUCGAAGAAUAUGCUUCUUCCUCCCUUCUCUGCACCCGAAUAACGCACUGUAUCACUGGACAAGAGUCUCGAUUUGGUGGAUCGUCCCAAAGAAUGAGACUUUUUCCAGUGUCAGACCUACUUUCCGAGUACAGGAAAGAAAGCACUACUUUGUUCGAGGAAGAAAAGCAAAAUCUCUUCGUCGACCUGGGCUUUACUGGGAUGACGGAAAGCUCGUUUGACGAGAGCUUGGUGAAGGAAGUCUUCCAAUGGGUUUCUGACGGGUUAUCGUAUCUGAUUGAAGUUAUUGCAGGUAUAUCUGGAGAAGACGGAUUCAUAGGCUGGGCUACAAAGCCCGAGACGUUUACUUUGGGUGUGCGACUGAUUAACCUUGCAGCUGUCAUGGCAUCGACUAGGUUCCCUGCUUAUAGGUAUCUUGGUGGUAACCAGAGCGUGCUCAAGGAGAAACUGCAGCUACUAUAUAUGCAUGGGAAAGCGGCGUCGUUGCAUUUUGACUGGCUUUCUAGAAUUCAGAGAGCUAUGGAUUUGUAG